AUGGCUGAGCCUGCCGAGGAAAAUCCAAUUGUCUUCUUUGACAUCACUCUAGGAGUUCCCCAUGUGACUGCGACUGCGCAUCACACCCUACAGCAGCCAGUACAACAAACAAACAAACCAACAAAACCAACAACAAGAUUGACUCUGGGAUAUGCUCAGACUGACCGGUUUCCCGCAGGCGAGAAAUUGGGUCGAAUCAAGUUUGAACUUUUCCAAAACGUCGUGCCCAAGACCGCAGAGAAUUUCCGUCAAUUCUGCACUGGCGAGACGAAAAACAGUCGAGGCCAGCCGCAAGGCUACAAGGGGAGCAAGUUUCAUCGUGUGAUCAAAGGCUUCAUGAUCCAAGGCGGCGACUUCAUCAACAAUAAUGGCACUGGCUCACGCACCAUCUGGGGCACAGAGAAGUUUGCCGACGAAAAUUUCACCCUGCCACACGACAAACCAGGACUGCUCUCCAUGGCAAAUUCUGGGCCGAACACCAACGGCUGUCAGUUCUUCAUCAUCACCGCCAAGAAUGGAACACCCCAUCUGAAUGGAAAGCAUGUCGUGUUUGGCAAAGUCAUCGAGGGCAUGGAUGUGGUCACCAAGAUUGAGAACACGAGGACAGUGUCAAACCCCGAGGGCAAGCCGAUGCAAGAUGUCACAAUUGCGCAAUGUGGUGAGAUGUGA